AUUGACGCAAUUACUCCUGCUUCAGACCAACAUGACGACGGCAUCAGAAUGGGCGACGCCUCCCACGCGGCCAGGCGAGAUCGAGCACAUCAUCUCGGGCGUGGACCGGUACAACCCGCAGAAUCUGACGGCACUGAGCGAGUACCUUUCCCACCAGCUCGAGACGGGCGAGUACGACUGCCUGGCCAACCUGGCCAUUCUGAAGCUCUUCCAGUUCAACCCCGCCGACUUUGACUACUCGAUUGUCAUCUCGGUCCUUCUCAAGGCCCUCACCGCGGCGCCCUUCCCCGACUUCAACCUCUGCAUCGCCCUUCUUGGCGAGGCGCCCGUCGACGUGAUCCCCCAGCCUGCUGCCGCGCUUCCCGAAGAGGCUACCGAAGAGGAGAAAGCUGCGGCCGCCGAGGAGAAUGCCAAGGCGCAGGCCGCUCCCUCGGCUGGGCACUUGUCCGACCCGUUGAUGGCGCGGCUGGCCCAGCUGUCGUCGUUGCUCCUCUCUGCGCGCUUCCGGGCCUUUUGGGAGGCGUACAAGUCGCAAGAGUACCAAGACGUGAGGCAACACGCUGCCAAUGUCAAUGGCUUUGAGGACGCCGUCAGGAGAGUGGCGCUGCACAGCGUCAAGAGUGCCUUCACGCAAAUCAGCACUGACCGGCUCGGGAGCUACCUCGACCUCAGUGGGAACGAGCUGGCGACAUUCAUGAAGACGCAGCCGGAGUGGCGCAUCGAGGGUGACAAGGUCCAUGUGCCCAUCAACGCGGACAAUGAGGUCAAGGCGACGGUCAUCCGCGAGGACAUCCAGCUGGACCAGCUCACAAAGUUCCUCUCGCAGGCCCAGACGCCCGUGUUGCGUGCGGCAUAGAUUCCUUCUCUGUCCGAUGUUCUCUGUACCACUACCCAUUGCACCUUUCAAAGGAAAAAAAGAGACGAAUCAUUCAUUGGAUGAUGUUCAACACCG